UUCGACAUUGCCAUCAAGUUUUCUCACGUCUCUCUAAAAUUUAUACCCAAAUGUCCUCUCUCUAGAAAAAAUAGUAGUAAUCCUUCAAUUGAAGCUUAACUCUAUCGAUUCUAAGGUUAAGACGGAAUGUUAAAUUCCGGGAAUAAUUUAAAUCAAGGAAGUUCCGCAAUGUCACCGGAUAUGCCACCAGUUACACAAUGCGUGCCUUUGGAGCCUAUUACGUUAGGCAAUCAGAGAUAUACGCGGUCUGGAGAGGUGAGGAGGGUUUUGGGAGUUCCUCUUGGUAGUGUGUCAGAGGAUCAUUCGUUUGGAGUUGCGCAUCCCAAGCCGAUGCCUCCAGUGGCAACGGAGGAGCUAAAGCAAUUUAAAGAAAGCGUGCAAGAUACUUCUAGAAAGGCCAAGGACAGAGCAAAACUGUUGCGUGAAUCCUUAUCUAAAUUGGAAAGGUACAGGGUAGCCUUAAGCUCAAAGAAGCGGCAAAGGAGUGAGCCUUCAUUGAAUGAGAGGUCAAAUUUAGCGAACGUAGCAAAGGUGGCAGGUCAGAUUCAUAGAAAUCCUCAUGAUAUUAUGACUCAAAGAUUGGAGGACAGGACCAAGAGUACUGGGCUUAACAAGCGUGCUCGGACUUCAGUGGCUGAUGUGCGGGCAGAUGGUAGGUCCUCGGUGCACUCAAGGCAACAUAUGGUAAUGGAUAAGAGUGGAGAUAUGGUCCAGGAUCUUGGUGGUGGUGCUGUUCGGUAUGAAGAAAAGAUCCGCAGAUUGCCUGCUGGAGGUGAAGGGUGGGAAACAAAAAAUAAAAAGAAACGUUCUGUUGGAGUGAUGGGUAAUAGAGUUAUAAACUGUGAUCGAGAACAAAAACGAACUAUGCCUUCCAAGAUGAGUGCCGACUCUAAGUUGCGAUGUGAUGCUCAGGGUUUCAGAUCAAAGUCAUCUGCUGGAGUCAGUGGAUUCAACAAGUUGGAAGAUUCUUUUGAACCUACCAGUUCAGAUACCAGUACAGUCCUCAAGAAUGAAAUGGACAGUUGUCUUCCAAGAAAUCGUAUUGCUCUUUUAGAGCAUAAGGUUGUGACGAAAGGAACAAAUAAGCCAAAUAUUCACGAGGAUAAUUCAGCAAGCACUCCUAAUACAGUGAUAAAGGCAAAGGUUUCCCGGGCACCGCGUACUGGGUCCAUCAUGCUGCUAGAUUCGUCACUUAAAGUUCAGCCCUCGCCCACAUCCCUUCAAGGUUUGGAACAGCCUACAAGUUCAAAUAAAAUCCAACUGCCAGGAGUGGUAAAUAACCAUAAGGGUCAAAUGCCAGCAGGCUCAUCCUCACAUGCUAUGGCUCAGUGGGUUGGUCAGAGACCACACAAAAACUUACGCACACGGAGGGCAAAUAUAAUGGCUCCUAGUUCAAACCAUAUUGAAUCUCAGAUGUCAUCUCAAGGUUUUCCCACUUCUGAAUUUAGUGCUAGAACUUCUUCCAUUGGAACCAAAGGAUCUCUGAUUGCCAGCAAUCUAGAUACCAACACUCCAAAAUUCAAGAGGGAACUUGAGAGUGUUCCAUCUCCAUUUGGGUUGUCUGAAAGUGAAGAAUCGGGAGCUGGAGAGAAUAAACCAAAGGACAAAGGAACAGAUGGUAGCGAGGUUUCUCUGUCUGCAAGUCAGAAAGUUGGAACUUUUGUAUUGCCUGCUAGGAAGAAUAAAUCAUCAACGAAUGAAAUUGGGGAUGGUGUGCGGAGACAAGGAAGGAGUGGACGAGGGUCAUCUUUAACAAGGCCAGGUACUUAUCCAGUAAGGGAGAAGUUAGAGAAUCUUCCAGCUGUAAAGCCACUUCAGAGUUCAAAGGCUGCUUCUGAUAAGAAUAAAAGCAAAACUGGUCGUCCACCUUCCAAAAAGUUGAAAGAUCGGAAGGCUGCAGUGCGUGUUGGACCAAUGCCCAACAGCAGUUCCUUAGAUUUUACAGGUGAAUCUGAUGAUGAUCAUGAAGAACUAUUUUCAGCUGCCAAUUCUGCUCGGAAAGCUAGUGAGCUUGCCUGUUCUGGUCCUUUUUGGAAGAAGAUGGACUCUUAUUUUGCUCCUGUAAGCAUAGAGGAUAUGUCCUACUUGAAGCAGGAGCUAACUUCUGCACAAGGGAUUGAUGAGAGUUUUUCUCAAAUGCUUGGCGCAACAUAUAAUGUUUUGGGUGUUCUUGUGCACAAAGAAGUAUGUCCUGGCAGAAGACAAGGGGAGGACUUCAAUCAAGAAUCAGCCAAAACAACUUCUUUAUGUGGAAGAGUUGAAAUGGGAAGUUUGGACAAGGUCGCUCCAUUAUACCAAAGAGUUCUUUCUGCUUUAAUUGAAGAAGAUGAAAGUGAAGAAUUUUACACACAAAGUGAAGCGAAGAACAUGUCUCUUCACUAUGCCAGUGAUGAUUCUCAUUGUGGUUCAUGUAAUCUGAUUGAUAUUGAACCUAAAGAUAGAGACAGAAUGGAAUCUGAAGUUGAGUCAAAAGUGAAUUUUCAGACACAGAAGAGUUGUUUCUUGGAUAGACUUUCAUGUGAUAAGAGUGUUGCAUCAAAUGCAAUUGGGAAUCCAAGCAUGUCCAGUUCGUUGCAUAGCAAUGAACAGUGGCCAGUAGAUGAUGACUUUUCACAUUCAGAUGCCGGGCAUGCCAGUGAAAUAUGUUCAAAUGAUCCAGGUUCCCUGCAGAUUAGAGAAAUAAAUAUGCCUGGCUUUUCUUCCUCUGAUGGUCAAUAUCAGCUGAUGUGUUUGGAUGAUCGGCUUUUGCUUGAGCUACAGAGUAUUGGUUUAUGCCCAGAAACAUUGCCUGAUCUAGCAGAGGGGGAAGUGAUUAAUCAAGAUAUAAUGGAGCUUAAAGAAGGGCUGCACCAGCAGACUGGAAUAAUGAAAAACAAGCUAGGGAAACUUGGUAAAGUUGUUCCUAAAGAAAGAGAUAUGGAAAGAAGGAAUGUUGAACAGGUUGCAAUGGACCAACUUAUUCAGAUGGCUUACAGAAAACUACUGGCUUGUCGUGGGAACAAUACCUCAAAAAGUACCAUCCGCAAGGUUUCAAGGCAAGUUGCAUUGGCCUUUGGCAAACGCACACUUGCUAGAUGUCGCAAAUUCGAAGAUACUGGCAGCAGUUGUUUUAGUGAGCCUGUGCUACAGGAGAUCAUAUUCUCUGCACCUGCACCUUCAUGCAACAAGGACGCCAAAUCUUUGGACUGUGUUGGCUCAGGAACUGCUAGUAACACUUGUAAUGAAGUCUCUAACAUUCAUGCUGAAGCCAGAGGAUCAGGUGCUGUUUCUAGCACUAUUGAGAGAUACGAUUCUCAUAGUGACAACUUUGAUGGAAUUAAGAAGAGGGAAGUGCUUAUAGAUGAUGUUAUUGGCAGCGCUUCAUCAAGGGUAACAUCCACUCUUGACAGUGCUGCUCUUGGUGGAGUAAAGGGUAAGAGAAGUGAUAGAGAUAGAGAACAGAGCAAGGAUAAUUCAAGAAGCAAUUCUGUUUCUGGGGCCAGUCGCUCAUCAUUGGAUUGCAUCAAAGGCGAGUGCAAAACAAAACCAAAGCCCAAGCAAAAGAGUACUCAUUUAUUGAAUUCAGGAAAUGGACCUCAUGGAUCAGCUCAUUCAGUAGCUAAUGCUAGUAAUAAAAUACAGCGCGUGGGGUCAAUGUCUCUUGGCAACAUUCCUCAGGAUGCCCCCAAAGAAGCAAAUGAACCGAUUGAUUUUGCAAACUUGCAGCUGAAUGAAAUUGAUACAAUUGAACUAGGAGUAUCUACUGACCUCGAUGGGCCUCAUGAUCUCGGCUCUUGGUUGAAUAUUGAUGAGGAUGGAUUGCAAGACCAUGAUUCUAUAGGUCUUGAAAUACCAAUGGAUGACCUUACAGAGUUGAGCAUGCUUUUGUAAAGAACUUUGCACUUCAUGCUGGUGGAGCGGGAAUGCAAAAACCAUUUUUGAGAUCCAAUCUAACCUUCCUGGUCGAGGUAAGCAAAUCAAUAAUUGUAAUUAUCGUUGAUUCUUCAUUAUACAAGUAAUUGAAGUACAUUGAUUGUAUGAACCGAGAUACUGCUUUGAGUCCAAAAAGAUCCAUGUCAUGUCCCCUUCAGAAUUGCAAUCUAUCUAUCUAUCUAUCUAUCUGUUUCUGCA